AUGUCGCGCCUGAAGGGAGUAGCGAGGCAAAAUCCUCGAGCGGGUUUCAAAGCUGACGCGAGGGACUGCGGUACCUCAGUACCGCAGGGGCUGUUGAAGGCGGCGAGGAAGAGCGGCCAGUUAAACCUGUCGGGUAGGAACCUCAGGGAAGUGCCUCAGUGUGUCUGGAGAAUAAAUGUCGAUAUCCCUGAGGAAGCUAAUCAGAAUUUUACAUUCGGUGCUACUGAGCGAUGGUGGAAGCAGACAGAUUUGACCAAACUAAUUAUAUCAAACAAUAAACUCCAGUCACUUACGGAUGACCUCCGACUCCUGCCUGCACUGACUGUUCCUGAUAUACAUGAUAAUCAGCUGACAUCCCUUCCUCCUGCUGUAGGAGAACUAGAAAAUCUUCAGAAACUUAUGUCAGGACUGAAGCACUUGGACUGUAGUUCAAAUCUCUUGGAAGCUAUACCUCCUGAACUAGCUGGCAUGGAAUCACUGGAAUUGCUUUAUUUGUGGAGGAAUAAAUUACGUUUUCUACCAGAAUUUCCUUCUUGUAGGCUACUGAAGGAAUUGCACGUGGGUGAAAACCAGAUUGAAGUGUUACAGGCAGAGCAUCUGAAGCAUCUGAAUUCUAUCCUUGUGCUAGACCUGAGGGAUAACAAGUUGAAAUCUGUUCCAGAUGAAAUUACACUAUUACAGUCUUUGGAAAGGCUUGACCUAAGCAACAAUGAUAUUAGUAGUCUGCCUUAUUCAUUGGGAAAUCUUCAUUUGAAAUUCCUUGCACUAGAAGGAAAUCCUUUAAGAACCAUUAGAAGAGAAAUUAUAAAUAAAGGAACCCAAGAAGUCCUAAAAUAUUUACGAAGCAAGAUCAAAGAUGAUGGAUCUAGCCAGAGUGACUCUGUCACUGAGACUGCAAUGACACUGCCAAGUGAGUCCCCGGUCAACAUACACGCCAUCCUCACACUAAAAACAUUAGACUACAGCGAUAAGCAAACAACUUUGAUUCCUGACGAAGUUUUUGAUGCAGUAAAGAGCAACAUCAUCACUACUGUUAACUUUAGUAAGAAUCAGCUGUGUGAUAUUCCAAAAAGGAUUAUUGAACUAAAGGAAAUGGUUUCUGAUGUUAAUCUCAGUUUUAAUAAGAUUUCCUUUGUGUCCUUGGAGUUUUGUAUGCUUCAAAAACUGACAUUUUUGGAUCUCAGGAACAAUUUUUUAAAUUCUUUGCCUGAAGAAAUGGAAUCAUUAAUAAGACUACAAACAAUAAAUCUUUCCUUUAACAGGUUCAAAGUGCUGCCUGAAGUUCUAUAUCGUAUCCUUACACUUGAAACAGUUCUGAUUAGUAACAAUCAGAUUGGAUUUGUGGACCCUCAGAAAAUGAAGACCAUGGAAAAUCUGACCACCCUGGACCUUCAGAAUAAUGACCUCCUCCACAUUCCACCUGAACUUGGCAACUGUGUGAACUUAAGAACAUUACUACUAGAUGGAAAUCCAUUCCGCGUCCCUCGAGCAGCCAUACUUAUGAAAGGGAUAGCUGCUAUACUGGAAUAUCUGAGAGACCGGAUUCCUAUUUAAGUUGGAGUCAUUUCUUAAUGCUAGUCAUGUUAAUUCUUAAAAGAAAACAUUUUGUUUUAGUAUUAUCUUAACAAUGAUUGCUAUCAUUGAUCUUAGAGGUCCCUAGUAUCACCUAGCCAUUUGUAUAAACUGGCCUGCGCCGUGUUCUCUGCCACUAAGUAUUUUUACAUUAAUGACUAUUUAGCAUUUUUUAAGGUGUUGUAUGUGAUAUGUGCUCCACAUAGCAUGCUCAUAAAUUUGUUAUGAAUGUUUUACAUAGUUUUUAUCCCAUUCAGUUUCAUUUUCUUAUAGCAAGCAAUUUCUUCAAAAGUUAAUUUUUAUUUAAUGUGAUUUAAUGUUUUUAUAAUAUAGCAUUUUUGUAGAACUGUUUUUUAUUUCUUUUUAUAUUCCAUGUAAUGUGACCAGUUGACUUGAAUAUGACUAUUCAGUGUCUACCUUUUACUUACAUAUAAAUUGAAAUUAAUUUUACUGAAUACUGUUUUUUGGCAUUUAAAGAAUAAGACCUUUCAUUACUCAUGAUAGGAUUUUUAUCAUAUGGUUGUUCUCAGUACAAGUUUUAACAGUCACUGUCUUGUUUUAAUCUAGUUAAAAUGUUUCUCUCCUACCUCUCAGGCAUUAUCAAUUCUGAUAAAAUGAUUUCAUAAAACAGGGGGGAAAACCUACCUGUCAUUUUCCGUCUGAUAAAACAGUAAUGAAGUAAAGGGGAUUGCUAAUGUCACAGGAAUGCUAUUCAAGAUACGAUUAUUGGAGAAAAUAGCGAGUGUGUUGUUACAACUGCUCUUACAAUGUAGAAUUUAAAACUUGCCAAUAUUUUUAAUGAUGUCUUGGUAUUGUUUUCAUAUAAUAAACUAGUACUUUUGGAUUUAAGACAAAGAGAUUGUAUCUGUGUAUUUUUUCCUUGAAUGAGAGUGUGAGCAUUUAAAAAUACCUUUCGCUCCUUAAAGUAUUGAAGAUCUUAUCUUAGUGACUCUGUAGAUAACAGCAACAGAAAACAGUAACAUAUACCACAUAGAAAUUUUGAAAUGUACUUUGUUUAAACACUAAGCAGUUAUUUGUGUUCCUAACUAUUCUCUCUGUGUUUUAACCUAAUAUUGCGUGUCUUCUUAUUUCUAGCACCUUAAUUUUAAAGUUUGCUUGUAAACCUUUUUUUUUAAUCUUUCUUUUUAUUUCAUUUUUUUGAGACAGGGACUCACUCUGCUGCCUGGGCUAGAGUGCAAUGGGGUCAUCAUAGAUCACAGCAACCUCAAACUCUUGGGCGCAAGCAAUCCUCCUACCUCAGAUUCCUGAGUACUUGGGACUGCAGGUGUGCACCACCACACCUGGCUAAUUUUUUCUUUUUAGUGGAGAUGGAGUCUUGCUCUUGCUCAG